AUGAAAUUCCUUGCAGCGUUGCUGUCAAGCUUUGGCUUGGUCAUCGCUCUGGGCGGCCAGUUUGACCCCGAAAGCUAUGACAGAGAUGAUGUGGUUACAAGGGACAUUGUUGUCGUUGGUGGUGGCUCUACCGGGACGUACGCAGCGAUUAACCUCCUCGAUCUGGGUCAGAAAGUGGUUGUGGUGGAACAGGAGUCAGUCUUGGGAGGACACACGGGCAUAUACAUCGACCCCCAGACAAACACCACGAUUGACUAUGGGGUGCAAUCAUUUGCAAAUUUCUCCGUUGUCCGGGAAUUUUUCGCCCGUUUUCAUAUUCCUUUGGUCAGGUUCUCGGUCAAUGCUUCCACAAUAUACGCCGAUUUCGAAUCCGGUGAGCUAUUUCUGAAUUCGACGCCUAGUUAUGACUUCGACGCGUAUAAGGCCCACCUAAACAGGUAUCCGUACCUCUCCACAGGCUGGGAUCUACCUGACCCCGUUCCGGAAGACCUACUCCUACCCUUUGGAGAAUUCAUCAAUAAGCAUUCUUUGCAGGACAUAGCAUAUGCUAUUUGGUCCAGCGCGCGAGGAUCCGGAGAUAUCCUACGCCAACCCACCGUCUACAUACUGAAAGCAGUAGAUGGGCCGUUUGUCAAAGGGUUAUCAGAGGACACACUGACCACGGAAGGUCACAAUAACUAUGAGCUUUAUGAAAAGGCCCUACGGGAACUUGGGCCUGACGCGAUUGUCUCUUCCACCGUCAUUGCGGCACAAAGAUCAACAGAUGGUGUCAAAUUGGUUGUGAAGACGCCUAAUGGCAAGAAGCUCAUCUCAGCAUCGAAGUUGCUUGUCAGCGUACCGCCGAAUCUCGAAAAUAUGGAACUUUUUGAUCUCGAUGGACGGGAAAACGGGCUCUUUCAGAGAUUUAACCAUAGUGCUUGGAAUAUUGCUGUCGUCGCCAACACGAGUUUACCUACUAGCUACCGAUUUCUGAACAUUGGCACGGACAACGGCACCUAUCGCAUUCCUCAGCUACCUGCAAUAUACAGCAUCAACCCGACGGCUGUGAAAGGGAUCUUUUAUGUUUGGUAUGGCGUGUCCCAGGCCGCCGCAGAAGCCGAUGUCAAGGCCGACAUUUCUACAACCAUCGAGCGUCUAUCCCGAGCUAUCGACGGGUCCAACGAACGGACGAGGAAAGUUCGCUUCUUAACCUACAAGAGUCACACUCCUUUCCAACUCGCAGUGUCUAUCGAAGAGAUCGAAAGCGGCUUUUAUCGGGAGCUUCAGGCGCUGCAAGGAUACCGAAGCACGUGGUACACCGGAGCGGCGUUUCUUUCACAUCAUGCCGGUCAAUUGUGGAAUUUUACUCAGGCCUUGCUGCCUAGCCUUGCUGCCUAG